AUGCUACCGCUGAAAUUGAAGGCCAUCCUGUUUGUCACAGCGAUCUCCACAUCGUUUCAAUUUGGCUUUCACACAGGAGUAAUAAAUGCUCCAUAUCAAGUAGUUGACUUUGUAUCCCUUCCAUCGGUGCAGCUGAUUUCAGAUUUCAUUGGCAACGUCACUGCUGACCGCCAUGGUUCAGCAGAUGAAGCAUAUGAAAAGGGCGAUUCUAGUCCUAUCAGUCCCUUGUGUCCUCGGCUGUAUUUUCAUCAUGGUUUGCCAAGCAGUCAGAUCCUUCGAAAUCAUCAUUGUUGGCAGACUUCUUGUGGGUGUUGCUUGUGGUAUGUGUUGCAUUGCCAGUAUCUAUACUGA